GAAGCAGUGCAUUAGUGUGAUUUCAUCUUAUCUAGUUUCUAAGAGAACUUCUCUACUUCAAUGAACUAGUCCAAAUUUGGGGAAUUCAAUUUUCUCACACUCUCGUAAGAAAAAAACAAACAAACAAAUAAAUUGAGGCAGGGUGGUGUUGCACUCUGCUUAGCACACGUAUCCCAGCACAAGGAUCCAUUCUUGAGCUCCAGGGCCCCACUUGCAGGGAGAAAGCUUUGCAAGUGGAGAAGCAGGGCUGCAGGUGUCUCUCUAUCUCUCUCCCUCCCUAUCUCCCCUUCCCUCUUAAUUUCUGGCCAUCUCUAUUCAAUAAAUAAAUGAAGUUACAUUAAGUCUCCUGCCUGUAACAUGUGCGCUCAACCAGGUGCGUCAUUACCCAGCCCCCACUCUCAAUUUCUCCUUCUCCAUUGAAAAUAAAUACAAAUCAAAUCAAAUCAAUAAAAAAACCAAACAGCUUAGAUUGUUCUCAUUAAGUCGCCAUCAGGGCCAGAACAGCUCACUAAUUCAUAAUGUAGAGCUUCCCGCUCCUUAAAAACCACAAGAAGCAGAUCCUGAACCACCAGGCUAGAGAGGCAGCACUGGACUGCAGGGCGGAGACAUCUCUGUUUCCCAGAGUGUCAGCCUCGGUCAGCCACGCGGCCUGCUGGGACUUGUAGUCCGCACAGCUCUUCCCCAGCGGCUGACGGCGAGGAGGCGGACUACAGCUUCCGUCAGGCCAAGCGGCGCCAGCGGGGUCCUGCACUCCCACGGCUUGGCGGCAGGUUCGAGUUCUGAUAGCCUGGAGUCGGACUGUGCAGAGUCGGUUGCAAGGCGGCGUCAGGGCCCAUACUGUCCAGUGAAGAGGCUGUGCUGCUAGAUUUCAGAGUCUGAGGCUGUUGCUGUGAUUGAUCUUCCCUUUUCUGGCCUGAAAGACAUUCAGGGAGCAAAGAAGAGAUGGCAGUUUCUUGGGGCUCAGUGACCUAUGAAGAUGUAACUGUGAUAUUCACUCAAGAGGAGUGGGCACUAUUAAAUCCUUCAGAGAAGAAACUCUACAGAGAUGUGAUGUGUGAAAACUUCAGAAACUUUCUUUCAAUAGAAAAGAUACAAGAACAUUCCACCAAAGAGCAGCAUAACUUGCCUGGGAGUAAACAACGGAAUACAACUGUGAAAAUCUCUGAGGGCAAAGAAAGUCAGAAUGGUAGAAAAUCUAAAGAAUAUGAAGUAUACAACAAAUUAUUCACUCAUUCUAAUCAUCUUGACCAACAUGAAAGAACUCACAGUGGACAGAAACCCUAUGAAUGUAAACUAUGUAGGAAAACAUUCAGUCAUUCCAGUAGUCUUAGGACACAUGAAAGAAUUCACAGUGGAAAGAAACCCUAUGAAUGUAAACUGUGUAGUAAAACAUUUGGUUAUUCCAGUAGUCUUAGGACACACGAAAGAAUUCACAGUGGAGAGAAACCCUAUGAAUGUAAUCUAUGUAGUAUAACAUUCAGGCAAUCUGGUACUCUUCAGCUACAUAAAAGAAUUCACAGUGGAGAGAAACCUUAUGUAUGUAAACUAUGUAGUAAAACAUUCAGUCGUUCUGGUAGUCUUAGGAAACAUGAAAGAAUUCACAGUGGAGAGAAACCCUAUGAAUGUAAUCUAUGUAGUAUAAAAUUCAGGCAAUCUGGUACUCUUCAGCUACAUAAAAGAAUUCACAGUGGAGAGAAACCCUACGUAUGUAAACUAUGUAGUAAAACAUUCUGUCGUUCCGGUAGUCUUCAGCUACAUGAAAGAACUCACCGUGGAGAGAAACCCUAUGAAUGUAAACAGUGUAGUAAAACAUUCAGUCGUUCCAGUCGUCUUCGGACACAUGAAAGAAUCCAUAGUGGAGAGAAACCCUAUGAAUGUAAACUAUGUAGUAAAACAUUCAGAGAUUCCAGUAGUCAUCGGACACAUGAAAGAAUUCACAGUGGAGAGAAACCAAUUGAAUGUAAACAGUGUAGUAAAACAUUCAGAGAUUCCAGUAGUCUUCAGCUACAUGAAAGAACUCACAGUGGAGUGAAACACUACGAAUGUAAACUAUGUAGUAAAAGAUUCACUAGAUCUAGUAAUCUUCGGAUACAUGAAAGAACUCACAGUGGAGAGAAACCCUAUGGAUGUAAACUGUGUAGUAAAGCAUUCAGUUUUCCCAGUAAUCUUUGGAGACAUGAAAGAACUCACAGUGGAGAGAAACACUAUGAAUGUAAACUAUGUAGUAAAAGAUUCACUAGUUCCAGUAAUCUUCGGAUACAUGAAAGAAGUCACGGUGGAGAGAAACCCUAUGGAUGUAAACUGUGUAGUAAAGCCUUCAGUUUUCCCAGUAAUCUUCGGAGACAUGAAAGAACUCACAGUGGAGAGAAACCCUACGAAUGUAAACUAUGUAGUAAAAGAUUCACUAGAUCCAGUAAUCUUCAGAGACAUGAAAGAACUCACGGUGGAGAGAAACCCUAUGAAUGUAAACAGUGUAGUGAAACUCUCAGUUGUUCCCAGUAAUCUUCAGACACAUGAAAACAUUCACAGUGGAGAGAAACCCUAAAAAUGCAAACAGUGUAGUAAAACAUUCAGUUGUUCCAGUCAUCUUCAGAGACAUGAAAGUAUUCACACUGGAGAGAAACCCCAUGAAUGUAAACAAUGUGGUAAAGCAUUCAGGGGUUAUAGUUCUCUUUAGUUACAUGAAAGAAACCUAUGAAUGUAAACAAUGUAAACAAACAUUCAUUCAUGCCAGUUUACUUUGGAGACGUAAAAGAUCUCACAGUGGAGAGAAACCCCAAAACAUGGAUUCACCCUGUCAUCUUUGUCAACAUGAAAUAACUCACCAUUAAGGAAAGUUUGAUGAAUGUAACCAGUGUUGAAAACAUUCCGUUAUUCUGGCCCUCUUUGUAGACAUAAAAAUGUAUUCACAG